CAGAAAAAAGUGCAAGCUGGCAGAAGAUGCUGAUUUGGUGUGUCUCCCAUUUUGAACAGAUCCCAUUACAAUAAAUCUGACAUCAAAUAAAUAUUCAUAUUGCAUGACUUCGGGUGCUUCGUUUUCAGUACUUAUUUUAGGAUCCAUGCCUUGUGGCGUCGCCCAUCGCCAUGAAAAAUAUGCAUUUUUUCCCCCAACCUGGUCGGCUGCUAAUAGGCGACCCUUUCCAGGCAGGCUUGGCGGGUCACGGCAACAGGCUACCCAUAUUCGAACGCUAGGCUUCUCGGUUACCUGGGCGACCUAAGCCGCGCGCGGCCGCGUUCCCGCGCCUGCGCAGGAGGACGGCCUCGUGGCGAUUGCCAAGGCAACGGAUCUUGUCCCACUCUUUUCAAUGGCUCCCAAGCGACCCAAGACCGGGGCGGGCGGCGGGGGUUCUGGCCCCCCAGGGGCAGGCCCCAAGAACUGGGAAGCGGGGCUUGUGGCGGUCCGCUUGGAAGAGGAAAAUUGGAUUCCCAGUACUGCCUUUGUUGUUGGGAGCAAACCUGAGGAUGAACUUCACAUAAAAGCACUAUCUCUGGCUGUACAGAUGCCACAAAGGAAACUCUUCGGUGUGGUUUCUUGGGAGGAAAUAUUAGCACAGAUCAUGGAAGCUGUAGAUGUAAAAGCAAAGAAGGUCAAAGAAAAAGAAACACCUUUAUUUUAUGAAGUGAUAGAAACGGCAAAAAGCAUUCUGGAUGCUGGGGAAACACUUCCUGUAACUUUGAUUGGAAAAUUAAUUAAAUAUCAAAUGCUUUGCAUCAAACAACAAGAUCUUCAGAGAAGGAUUGCUGAAAAGAAGGCAUUAGAGGAGCGAGACAAGGAGAAAGAAGAGAAGGGAAAGGGGAAAGGAAAACCUAAGAAGGAGAAGGAAAAAGAGAAGCCUGCCAGUGCCAAGGCUGGAAAAGGAGGCAAAGGAAAGCGGUCAGCCGAUUCACCAAAUGUAUCAACGACUAUCGUUAAAAAGGAUACCAAACUUAAAAGACGUGGGGAAGAUGAUGAACUUUAUAAAUUCAUUGAUGAUGAACCAGAUGAUGGUGCUCAGUAUUAUUUCAUAAUUACUGGUUUUCACAAUCCUCAACUUUUACCUAUACUGUCUGAUCUGGGCAUCAAUAUUGGAAGCAUCAUUCAGAUUUCUUCUGACAAUUAUGAGCCACUCCAGAUCUACUUAGAAACAGCUACUUCGCAGGAAGAACCAUCUUCUGCAUCAGAAGAAGCUGAAAACAAAAAGAAGCAAAAAGCAGAUAAAGACCUGGAAACAUUCUGGAAAUAUGUGGAACCAAUCCUGAACAAUGGAAAACCAGGAUCAAAUAUUUUUCAGAUAGCUAGACUGUAUCACAAAGUCCAAGAGGUUUCCUUUCCUGCUGACUGGAGCAACAAUGACUUGGUGCUUGAAACUGGCACAGACAUCUUUGAAAAUGUCGCAUGUUUAAUGUAUGACUGCCUGGAUUGGAAAAGACAAUACCAGCACUACUUGGAAUCGACUAGAUUUAUUAAUGUACCAAUGGUAGAAAGGAAGAGUAAAUUAGAGGUACAUACUACUGUUCCAGUUACUCCAGUUACUCCAGUUACUCCUACAAAAAAAAAACAGGCUGUAGAUGAGCCUGUUGCACUCCCAGUUUUAACUACAGAUGUAGACAUGAGGUACUACAAUGAUCUCCUGAGUUGUGUCCCUGAUGAGGUGGUUUCUGUUGCCUUAUUACUGGAGUGUAUGUUGCAACAGGUUGUUGCAUCAGAAGAAAAUCUUACACCACCAAGCCUAGUGAUUCCACAGCCACGUGAAGAUGGGUUGGAUCAUACCAUUGCCAGUCAUAUUGUUUCGAUUCUACCUUCACUUGCCCUUCCUGAAAAUGAAAAAAUGGAGCUGUAUAAUUCCUUUUAUCCUGAAAAUGAUGAAAAAGUUACGGCUCCCAGAGGGCCUCUAAUACUAAACUAUCAUGAUAAUUUGUCUCGGAAACUACACUGCGUAAAGGUAAAAGAUGGUUUACAUCCAAUAAAGAUUGAAGAGGAAAUGAUGGAAAAGCUGCCUUUGAUGGAACUUCUUAAAUUCCCUCUUCCAUCACCUGCAAACAAUACCAAACGCCUUGCCAGGCUUCAUGAACUUAUGCACUAUUGUACUGAUGAACAUAUGAAUUGGGCUGAAGUAGAACGAGCUUUUCGAGUGUUUACUUUUGAAAGUUUGAAGCUGACAAAAGUCGAUAAGUAUGGGCAGCUCAAAGACUCUGGCAAGAUGCUUGGUGGUGAUGAUGAAGUGUCUUAUAUCCCAUGGGACAAUCCUGCUAGGUUUGCUAGACAACUGAGGCAAGAAUUAUUUGGCAAAAAGGUUUCUAAAGAGCUUAAUUUGAAUAAUUCAGAGCUAGACUCUGAGCAUAAUACAUUUCAAACUCAACAACAUUUCUCUUUUUCACUGGAGGAAAGUAUCAAGAAGCAAUCCAAAUCUUUCAGCUCAGAGUUGAUUGCUGACGUUCAUGAAAAUGAUCUGAACAAUUCUGUAGAUAAGGUAAUUUCAGCCAUCCAAAAGACCCAGCAGCGGUGUCUGAAUGAUUGGAGUUUUGUUGAACAUUUUCAACCACAACUCCUCUUCCAGAUCCUUCACAAUGCAACUCAGAAUUAUAGGUGCAUUGAUUCCUAUUAUCAUACUCAAGAUAACUCUUUGCUGAUAGUCCUUCAUAAUCCCAUAAACCAACAUCGUCAAUUCCAGGAGUUCUGGAACAUUUCAUUGCAUUCUGAUGUUGGGUUCAGGAAUUAUCUGGAAUUGGUGGCUGCCUCCAUUGAUGAAUGGAUAGUGAAAGAAGAAGCCAAAUACCAGGAAGAAAAAAUGGCUAAGGAACUGGAGGAACUUAGAUUAGCUAAAGAGGCAAUGGAGAAAGCUUCUGCUGAGGUCAAGUCUCCACCUUCUGGCAAAAAAGGGGCUGCUACAAAGAAAGCGAAAAGUUCUUCCAAAAGUAAAGUAGAAGUUUCAUCUGAACCUGUAGCUGAGAAGGAAAAAAAUAUAUUUAUCAGAGAUGAAUCUCUCAAGGCCUGGAAAGAAGAGCAAGAGAGACUGUUGGAGGAAGAACGCUUAAAAGAAUUAAAAAAAGCAGAGAAGAAGGAAAAAUCUGAUGGGAAAAAAAAAGGCCAGGGUAAAGAGCCACCCAUUCCUGAAGAAGCAAAAGCAUCGAAGACAAAGGGUUCUAAGGAUAAAGCAGAAACAUCCAAAUCAUCAGAGGCUGAAGAUCAGGCCAAGUUGCAGAAACAGAGUAAACAAAGUUUGCCUCCUGUGCCUGCAGAGCAAGACUAUGAGUUUCUUGGAUAUAAUAUGGGUGAGAAUCCCAUUCAAGUUUCAGGGACUACCCAUUAUCUUUUCCCUACUGAUGGAGGGCAAAUCCAAGCAGAAAAAAUAAUGUUUGAAAAAGGGUCAACCUUAGUUAAAGUAAAGGUGAUAAAAGAUAACCACAGUUUCUUCAUUCAUAUAAUAGAUCCUCAGAUAAGACUAAUAGAUGAAGAAGAAAGUUUUGGUUCCCUAGAAGAACAUGAGGUAAAGCCAGAAAAAACAAUUAAUCAAGGAAAACCUGUGGGCAAAUUUGCCUCAUUUUCGGCAACCUUAGAAAAUGAAAUCCAUCUUUCCUUUAGUUGUUAUGGGGCUUCAGGAAAAGCAGCAGAGGAAAUGGAUCCUUAUUUGGCAACUAUUCUGGCUAUCCCUUCAGUAAACUUGCCCACUUCGACUUUCCUUUCCUCGGCUGUUUCUGCUGCUACAGUUCCUGCUACAGGAAAGGCAAAGCCAGGUAAAGAAAAAUCAGCCAAAUCCUUACCGUCUGCCAAAUUGAGUUCCCGUAUGACAUUGAAUGUAUCACCUGAAGAAUCUUCAAUGCAAGAAGAAAAAAAGGUAUGAAUAUACUUCAUAGAAUACAAUCAUAGGGUUGGAAGGGGGCUUGGAGGUCUUCUAGUCCAACCCCUUGAUCAAGCAAGAGAUCAUAUACCAUUUCAGACAAAUGCUUGUCUAGGCUCCAGUGAUGGAGCACCCACAAGUUCUGAAGGCAAGCUAUUCCGUUGGUUGAUUGCUGUCAUUGUUAGGGAAUUUCUCCUUAGUCCUAGAUUG